GCUUCCCGUCCAGACAACCCCUCACUCGGGCCUGCGCUGCGGCGCGGCCCCCUGGCCUCGGAAAUUCAGUCUCGGGCCGAGGUCUGCGGCCGUUGGACGAGGAGCAGUCGCGGCAGGCGGUGGGAAGGCUGCCCGGACGGAGGCGCUCGUGGUUCUCCACCAUGGCGGCGGCGGUGCGCGCUGCGGGAAUUCUCCCAGCGCUGUGUGGCGCGUCGGCGGGUCAUUUAUGGUCCAGGCAGCUUUACGUAAACAGCUUUCCAACAGCUUCCAUUUUGGCAUUGAAGACUGUUCCCAGCAAUGGCUCUUUGUCAUCUCCAGGAACCAGAGACAACCGUCAUUUUAUCAGCUUGACCCGUGCGCUACAGACACAGUGCUGUAUUUCUUCUCCCAGUAACUUGAUGGGCCAGCAGUAUAGAUUCUAUAGUUUCUUCACUAAAUUGACAGCAGAUGAGCUGUGGAAAGGUGCCUUAGCAGAGAGUGGUGCCGGAACAAGAAAAGGAAGAGGCAAAAGAACUAAGAAAAAGAAAAGAAAGGAUUUGAACAGGGGUCAGAUCAUCGGUGAAGGGCGUUGUGGCUUCCUAUGGCCUGGUCUGAAUGUCCCUCUUAUGAGAAAUGGAGCUGUGCAGACCAUUGCCCAAAGAAGCAAGGAAGAGCAGGAGAAGGUAGAGGCGGAUAUGGUCCGGCAGAGAGAAGAGUGGGAGUGGAAGAGGAAGAUGAAGGUUAAACGGGAGCGAGGCUGGAGCGGAAACACAUGGGGAGGCGUCAGUCUCGGCCCCCCUGACCCUGGUUCCAGUGGAGAAACAUAUGAUGAUUUCGAUACCAGGAUACUUGAGGUGAGGAAUGUUUUCAAUAUGACAGCAAAAGAGGGAAGAAAGAGGUCAGUCCGUGUCCUGGUUGCUGUGGGGAAUGGCAGAGGAGCUGCAGGUUUUGCCAUUGGGAAAGCCGCUGAACGGGCAGAUGCUUUCAGAAAAGCAAAGAACAAGGCAGUUCACUAUUUGCAUUAUAUAGAACGAUAUGAAGACCAUACAAUAUACCAUGAUAUUUCUUUAACAUUUAAAAGGACACAUAUCAAGAUGAAGAAACAACCCAGAGGCUAUGGCCUCCGCUGCCACCGGGCCAUCAUCACCAUCUGCCGGCUCAUUGGCAUCAAAGACAUGUAUGCCAAGGUCUCUGGCUCCGUCAACAUGCUUAACCUCACCCGGGGCCUCUUCCACGGGCUCUCCCGCCAGGAUACCCAUCAACAGCUGGCUGACAAGAAGAGUCUCCACGUUGUGGAAUUCCGGGAGGAAUGUGGCCCUCUGCCCAUCGUGGUUGCCUCCCCCAAGGGGGCCUUGAGAAAGGAUCCGGAGCCGGAACAUGAGGUUCCAGACAUCAAACUGGACUGGGAAGAAGUGAAGGCUGCACAGGGUAUGAAGCGCUCUGUGUGGUCAAGUUUAAAGAGAGCCGCCACCUAGGCCUUCUUCUGGCCUGGCUCAGCCUGGCAUCUCUUGCUUCUGGCACCUGGGAGAGACUCAACCCCUCACACUUUGGAUUGUCACUUUUUAUUUUUUUUUUUUAAGGAAAGGCCAACCUUACAUUUCUUUAUUGACAAAUAACAAAUAAUUAUAGAUUUAAUUUAUUGAGCACGUCGUAUAUACCAAUUACUGUGAUAGGAACUUUACAUACAUAUCUUAGUUAAAAACUACUUUAAAUAUUCAUUUAAGCUAGCAAAUUAGGGAGGCAGGGCUUCUAGUCUGACCUAAUAAAAAAUAAUAUGCAGUCAAGUUAUAGUUACUUGACUGUAGUCACACAGCUAGAAAGUAGAGGAAAAUGGGCAAACUUUGUUCUUUUUGACUCUAGAAAUUCUCCUUUUUAGUAAACCUCUUUGUAUCAAUGUUUUAGUGGUUGCUCUAGGUAUUACGUUAUACCUAUAUCACUUAUCACCAGUCUACUGGUGUUGACUUUUUACCAGUUUGAAAUAUAGGAAUCUUACUUCCCUUUAAAUCCCUUUACCCUCACCUGUUUCUAUAAUUGUUUUAAAAUUUCCUCUGCCUACACUGAGAACCACAUUAGACAACAUUAUAGUUUUGCUUCAACCAUGAAACAUAAUAUAAAAAACUAAAGAAGAAAAAAAAAAAUAGCCUAUUGUAUUUACCCAUGUUUUUGCUCUUUCAAUCGUCUGUUCUUCUUUCCUGACAUUCCGA